AUGGAUGAUGAGGAGACUGUCGAACAGGUUUUUGAGUGCAAUGAGCUUCCUAAACUUAGCGAUGAACAGUACAGCAAUGAUGACGAAGACCAACAGAGCACUUCAAACUUUUCUGAUGUCGGGCCAUGUGACGUGAUUGAUGACUCUUCUUGUGCCUUACAAGCUCACGAACAAGACUGUUUUUCACUUGCUGUUAUUGCAGAACGAUGGUUAGCUUCUGGUGGAGAGGACGAUGUGGCUUAUCUAUGGGAUAAUCAAGUAUCUGACUCUGUUCCCGUUCUGAGAAUUGAUCACGAAGAUUCAGUAACUCAUGUAGCAUUCAAUAAUGCUCAAUCGCUACUAUCAACUGGAGAUAUGUCGGGAAAAAUUAUAGUCACGCAGUUGUCCGAAUUAAACACUCGUGCCAAGAUUAACGAUUGUAAUGAUUUGGAGUGGAUGUGUUGGCAUAAUACCAAUGACAUUCUUUUUGCUGGAGACAAAGAUGGCAUAAUUUGGAUGUGGCUGAUUGGACCUGGAGGUGUGGCUCAGUCGAAGGUUGCGUAUGAUCUAACAUAUAUAUCUAACAAAAUUAAGGUGUAUAGUGGGAACGGAUCACCUUGCACCGCUGGUGAUCUUCUUCCGGAUGGAAAGCGUUUAUUGGCGGGUUAUGCUGAUGGUGCAGCAAUAGUUCGUGCGUUAUGGUCAAUGGAAAGCAAUAUCCCAUUUUUGUGUGUUGGUUCAGUGGACGGCUUCGUUAGAAUAUUCGACGCCAGGGAUGGUUCGCUACAUAAGGAACUGGGUAAUGGUCCUGAUGAAGUGUUGGACAUGGUGCUACUUGGAUCGAACCCACUACGUCUUAUGACAGCUGGAAGUGGAGGAACUAUUCGAAUGACUUAUUAUCAGAUGUAUAGGAAUACAACUCUUGGUGAGGCACUGCAGAAGACACUUGAUGAUCUCGUGCACGAACAAAUGAUCCCGCCGCAGCUUGCAGUGAAGGUCCUUGCCAUUUACGACAAGGCAAUCAACAAAGCGCUUGCCCAGAAAGCUAAGAACAAGAUAUACUUUAAAGCUGAGAAAUUGCGAGCUUACCGACAUUGCGACAAUGUAUGGACAUUUCUCAUGGAGCGAGUAGAUUUCCGUGACAGCAUUCGUGUGGCCAGAGUGAAAUUUGUUGCAUGUGAUGGAUCAGCUAAGAUGGCGUAUGUAAUGUAUCGAGAGACAACACUGGGGACUGCCCUAAGUCGAACUUUGGACGAAUUUGUUGAGGAAGGUCUGAUCACUCGACCUCUCGCUAUGAAAGUACUGACCACAUUUGACAAAAAUAUAAAUAAGGCUUUAGCAUUUCGCGUUAAAAACAAGGUACAAUUCAAAGCCGAUAAGUUAGUCACUUAUCGAUACUGUGACAAUGUGUGGACGUUCGUAAUUGACGGUAUUGAGUUCCGCGACAUUCAUCGAUCCAUUGACCGUACAGUUGAUAGGGUAAAAAUUGUUGCAUGCGAUGGACGUGCUCCCGGCCUAGCAGGAACGACAACUGGGACGUUGUGA